CUUUUGGUUGCAAUGCUGAUUCAUAUUGUAGGUGUUCAGGCGGACUGUGGAGUUGGAUGUGCAGCAAAAGGAGCGGCAUAGAUUUCGUCGGCGCCGAGCAGGGCUGGUUUCUCUCUCAAUUCACACCCUCGGUUUCCGUACGUCGCCUCCUACUAACCAGCGGAGUUAUUUUCUAUCGAUCGCUCGAUCGUAGAACCUUCUCCACGGCGAAUGAUGCACAUUCUACAAUACUUAGCCCACAAAUCUCCACAUUGCUUUUCAUCUAGUGCCUGAAUGAUGUUGGCUGUCAGGUGAUCCGCGAGCAUUUCUGACCUGACCCGCUGACCAUAACAAGUUCGGCUGAUUCAUAUUCGACAUUCUCCUAUUUAACGACGCAGCCAGCAUGUCGCCGACAUGGAUAAACCGAACCGCAAUGCUCGCUCCGCCUUUUUUUAUUGGCAUCGUGACUGGCGUCACGAUGCUCGUGCUGCAGCAGUCAAUGUCUUCAACCCGCGUCACAUUUCUAAACCCUGCUGAGAGCAUGGAAGACCAGCAGCAGACAGAAUCCGUCAACUCGCACCAGAGCCUUAACCGUCAACCGUCAAAUGCCGUCAAGGAAGGUUCAUUCUCGUUUGAAGAGCGGCUUCCAGUUCGUUAUAACACGUCCGUGGGAACUGUGGAAGGGAAGCUGAACGUUCAUUUGAUUGCUCAUUCUCACGACGACCUCGGAUGGGUCAAGACGAUUGACGAAUACUACAUUGACCAAGUACAAUAUAUUAUCGAGACCGUCGUUGAUCAGCUCUCAGACAAUCCUGACCGUAAAUUCAUACAAGUUGAACAGGGAUUCUUCUUCCUAUGGUGGCAGCAGCAGAAAGAGACGAUGAGAGAUAGAGUCAGGAAACUGGUGGCCUCCGGUCAGCUCGAGUUCAUGAACGGCGGGUGGGUGAUGCACGACGAGGCGGUGUGCCACUACACGGACAUGGUGCACCAGAUGUCAAUGGGCCAUCGCUUCAUCCAGGAAAACUUCAACAUCACGCCACGCAUUGCAUGGCAGAUCGACCCCUUUGGCCACUCCGCCACCCAGGCCAGCCUCAUCACCUCGCAGGCUGGUUUGGAUGGUUUCAUAUUUGGGCGAGCGGACUACCAGGACAUGGAGGCGCGCAAGGCAAGCCACAAGAUGGAGUUUGUGUGGCGCGCGGGCACAGGAGCGCCGAGGGAAACCGAGGUGUUUGCGGGGAUUCUGUACGACGGGUACUACUCGCCGCAGGAGUUCCGGUACCAGCAGACGGACAGCCCACAGUACCGAUUGAGGGACUGGCCGAACGCGAGGGAUCCCAACGUACGGGAUUUCGUGAACUUCUUUGUUCAGGAAACCACGCGCAGAGCGCAGGCGUUCCGCACGAACCACCUGCUGUUCCCCAUGGGUGAGGACUUCUCGUUCGACGAGGCCAUCAUGUGGUUCAAGAACAUGGACAAGCUCAUCCACUACGUCAACCUGGAUGGCCGAGUGAACGCCCUCUACUCCACACCUUCCUUCCAUCUGGACGCCCUUCACAAGGAGAAGAAGACGUGGCCUCUCAAGACUGGUGACAUGUUCCCCUAUGCUGACGCCCCUCACAGCGUCUGGACGGGGUACUUUGCCAGCCGGGCCAACUUCAAGCGCUAUGCCCGCGUGUGCAGCUCCCUGCUGCUGGCAACCACUGUUCUCGAGGCUGCUGUGGGCAAGAGGGCUCUGAGGGACUGGGGCCUCAAGAACCACAGGAUGAUCGCUACAGACGAGUUUUUGUUCGACAAUCACCUGGGAAAGAACCUGAAAUUGGCCAGUGGGGGGGAAGGGGGAGAUAUUGGGAGUGCAGGAGCCACGGGAGAGGGUGGGAGCGGGGGUGGAGGAGGGGUCGAGAGAGGCACAGGAGGAAGGGGAGGUGCGCAAGAGAAGGGGGAGGUUGACAGUGGUGAGUGGGAGGAGUGGGAGAGUUUGGGGGGGAGUGCGAGGAGGAGGAGGGUGGCGUCGACAUUCCCUCUGGAAGAAGCGGUGGCAGUGGCACAGCAUCACGAUGCCAUCACAGGCACGGCUCAGCAGCACGUGAAUGACGACUACACGCUCAGACUGCACAGAGCGGCUCAGGAGGGCUUCACUAUUGUCACAGCUGCUCUCGUUCAUCUUAUCACCCAAGCAGCCCCCACUCCUCUCCAACCGCGCCCCUCCUCCCCAGCUUCUGCCGCGCUUCCCAAUGACCCCUCUCGAGCCUUCUACACUCCCACUGCCGAGCCCACAGGUGGGCCUUCAGACUUCCCCCCGUUCAAUUCCCAGCCUGGUUCCCCCGUGCCUGACCCUGCUGCUGAAGCACAAGCCGUGCAAUGGACUUCUGAGGACCCUUUUCAGCCUCACUCGUUUACUGUUGACCAGCCAAACCUCCCAUUGGCCAAUCCUCUAGACCCGUCAAUGCCAGGGAAUGAGCUGUCCGACCCGCUCUUCUCUCAAAUCGACCCAGCGUUGACUCAGGUUGACCCAGCGUUGACUGGGGGGAGCAGCAGCAGAUGGCAGAUGGCACGGCAUUCUUCCCGUACAACCGUCAGGUGCCUCCUGUGGAAGAGAUUGUCCAGCCAGAACAGACAACACAGCAAGUUCCAGAUCAGAACCCACAGGAGCAGCCGCCUUCGGAAGAGGCUGCUUCUCUUGGGUUUGCUGCUGCUGCUGCUGCUGCUGCUUCUGCAGCACAGCAGACCUUUCCUCCCAGGGAUGGCACGGUUGGUCUUCCAGGAAGGAGGGGACAGGAGAUGCUGCUGAGUGCACGGGACGGCAUCACAGGGGCAGAGAACAGUGGAGUGG